AUGAAAUCACUUGUGCUACAUCCGUCCGACAGUGCUGACUGUCCCGCACUACAUCCAACCGAGAGUGCUGACUGUCCCGCACUACAUCCAACCGAGAGUGCUGACUGUCCCGCGUUACAUCCAACCGAGAGUGCUGACUGUCCCGCACUACAUCCGUCCGACAGUGCUGACUGUCCCGCACUACAUCCAACCGAGAGUGCUGACUGUCCCGCACUACAUCCAACCGAGAGUGCUGACUGUCCCGCACUACAUCCAACCGAGAGUGCUGACUGUCCCGCACUACAUCCAACCGAGAGUGCUGACUGUCCCGCACUACAUCCAACCGAGAGUGCUGACUGUCCCGCACUACAUCCAACCGAGAGUGCUGACUGUCCCGCACUACAUCCAACCGAGAGUGCUGACUGUCCCGCACUACAUCCAACCAAAAGUGCUGACUGUCCCGCACUACAUCCAACCGAGAGUGCUGACUGUCCCGCACUACAUCCAACCGAGAGUGCUGACUGUCCCGCACUACAUCCAACCGAGAGUGCUGACUGUCCCGCACUACAUCCAACCGAGAGUGCUGACUGUCCCGCACUACAUCCAACCGAGAGUGCUGACUGUCCCGCACUACAUCCAACCGAGAGUGCUGACUGUCCCGCACUACAUCCAACCGAGAGUGCUGACUGUCCCGCACUACAUCCGUCCGACAGUGCUGACUGUCCCGCACUACAUCUGUCCGACAGUGCUGACUGUCCCGCACUACAUCUGUCCGACAGUGCUGACUGUCCCGCACUACAUCUGUCCGACAGUGCUGACUGUCCCGCACUACAUCCAACCGAGAGUGCUGACUGUCCCGCACUACAUCCAACCGAGAGUGCUGACUGUCCCGCACUACAUCCAACCGAGAGUGCUGACUGUCCCGCACUACAUCCGUCCGACAGUGCUGACUGUCCCGCACUACAUCUGUCCGACAGUGCUGACUGUCCCGCACUACAUCCGACCGAGAGUGCUGACUGUCCCGCACUACAUCCAACCGAGAGUGCUGACUGUCCCGCACUACAUCCAACCGAGAGUGCUGACUGUCCCGCACUACAUCCAACCGAGAGUGCUGACUGUCCCGCACUACAUCCAACCGAGAGUGCUGACUGUCCCGCACUACAUCCGUCCGACAGUGCUGACUGUCCCGCACUACAUCUGUCCGACAGUGCUGACUGUCCCGCACUACAUCCAACCGAGAGUGCUGACUGUCCCGCACUACAUCCAACCGAGAGUGCUGACUGUCCCGCACUACAUCCAACCGAGAGUGCUGACUGUCCCGCACUACAUCCGUCCGACAGUGCUGACUGUCCCGCACUACAUCUGUCCGACAGUGCUGACUGUCCCGCACUACAUCCAACCGAGAGUGCUGACUGUCCCGCACUACAUACAACCGAGAGUGCUGAGUGCCCCGCACUACAUCCGUCCGACAGUGCUGAGUGCCCCGCACUACAUCCGUCCGACAGUGCUGAGUGCCCCGCACUACAUCCGACUGACAGUGCUGACUGUCCCGCACUACAUCCGACCCUCAGUGCUGAGUGCCCCGCACUACAUCCGACCGACAUUGCUGACUGUCCCCCACUGCAUCCAUCCAAUAGUGCGGAGUUCCCCGCACUACAUCCGUCCGACAGUGCUGACUGUCCCGCACUGCAACCGUCCGAUAGUGCUGAGUGCCCCGCACUACAUCCGUCUGACGGUGCUGUGCCCCGCACUUCAUCCGUCCGACAGUGCUGA